GAUAUUUUUUUUAACAAGCGCCUGUUUGCGAAGACUAUCGGACAACAGCCUCGUCUUUGGAAGUUGGAAGGAAGGGCACGGAAUUUCACUCCUAUUUCAACAGAAGAUGUGGCGAGUAUCAAGAAAUGUCACAAGAACAAUACGAGCAUGUAAUUGUCGGACAGCCAAUCGGGUGAGCUCCAAUCCUGGAGGGCAAUGCAGUUAUUGUUCAAAGCCCAGCUCGGCCCCUGCUGGAGCUCCUAAAUCAGCCCCUCCCCCUCAACCCCCACCACCACCACCGCCACCAACUGCACCAAAGAGGUCUGGUGGUGCAGGGAAGGUCAUCAUGGGUGGUCUAUUGGUAGGAGUAGGAGCAACCGUUGGCACGUUAGCCUACGCCAAGGCAAACCCUGAAUUCAGGAAGCAAGUGGAGAGUAACUGGCCCAUGCUCCUGGACGUCUUUCCUUAUUUCUUUGAUGAGGAUGCAUCGGCGGAUACCGGCAAGUCUAAAGCAGAUCCCAUGUCUCUUGGAAAGAAACCAUUGAUACCCGUCAGCUCACCAAAAACUGUCACUCCUGUUAGUGAAGCACCUGUAUCAAAACCACCAUCAUUACAAGCCUCAAAAGAAGCAGCAGUGAAGCCUGCCAAGCCUUCAGCCACCAAAGCUCCAGUGGCUCCCAAAGCCUCCGAGGAGCUGGAGAACUCUCUCAAGAAAGAGGAGGAGGCCAGGAGGAGCAAGGAGCUACAGGAGAAGAUCCUGGAGCAAGAGAUCGAUGAAGCUGCCAGUAUUGCAGCUUACGAAGCAAUUGUCGAGAGAUGUGUUUCAGACACGGUAGAAGCCACAAGGAUUGCCAUGGACUCUAAGAAAGAAGCAGUAGAAGCUACUAAGCAACAUACAGAUAAACUCAAGCUUGCUAUGGGGGAUAGUGAGGAGGAGACAAGUGAAUUGAAAAAGAAACAGUGGGAUGAGGUGGUGGUAGCAGCUGAAAACAAACUGAAGAUAGUAAGACAGGCAAGCAAAGAGGAAGCAGCAGCAAGGGAAGCGUUGGCCAAGCUAAGGGCAGUCUUGGAAGAAGCUAGACAGAUCAAGACCUCUAAGGGACAAGGCCCUAAUCUCACUGGAGCUCAAGCUAAUCUUAAUCAGAUGUCAUACGACCUGGAGUCUGCUACAGCUGAGGUUGCCAUUGCUCAGAAUGAAGCCCGUAUUCUAAAGAACUACAAUGAAUUGAUUCAGAAGGGUAGGGAAGAUUUCAAGAAGGAAGUUCAAAGCUUGAUGCCUGAAGCUAAGAUUGGCAAAAAGGGUAAGAAGCUAACGGAGGAAGAGCUGAAUGCCUUGAUAGCCCACGCCCACCGCAGGGUCUACCAGCUGCAGAAGGAGCUUGCUGAGCAACAGGCCAUGGAACAGAAGAGAUUGGCCGUUGCCAUGGAGAAACAGAAAGAAGAAGACGAAGGGGUCACCAAGUCAAAGGUCGCGGUUGAGCUCGAGAGACAGGCUGCUGACCUGGCCGUUCUAUACCAGAAGAAGGAAGAAGACCUGAUGGCCGAGGCUGAGCAGGAGCUACGGCUUCAGCUGAGACGGCAGGCCGCGGCGCACAGCGACCACCUCUCGGACGUACUCAAACAGCAGCAGCAGGACUUUGAUCGUCAGCUAGUCGUCCAGGAUGGGAUAAUCAGAGAUCAGGAGAGGGAUAAUUACUACCAGCAGCUCACCGGGGCGAUGGCUAAACUCAAGGGUGUUGAGGCUGCAGUAGAAGGGAGAGCUGGUCUUGAGCUACAGAAUCAGAAAGCACAGGAAUUGUGGUUAGCUUGCGAAACCCUCAAGAGGACAAUUUCAACAGGUAUGCUAGAAGGAACAUCAUGGCAAGAGAAGCUGAAACCAUUAGCCAAUGAGGUCCAAGCAAUAAGAGAAGCAUCACCUAGCAACGAAUUUGUGGAUACUGUCGUCAAAACAAUACCAGAGGAGGCUCUUACAAGGGGAGUGUACACCGAGGACUCGCUACGUCAGCGGUGGGACCAAACGCAACGGGUCUGCAAACGAGUCGCCAUGAUCGACGAGGCCGGUAGCAGUAUGUUUACGUACUUCCUCUCCUACUUCCAGUCCCUCCUCCUCCUCAACGACCCCCUCCCGCCAAACUCGGACGACGCCGUCGACCCGUCCUCCCUCGACACCUUCAAGCUCGUAUCGUACGCCUCGUACCACAUGGAGAACGGGAACCUGGAGCAGGCCUUGAGGUAUGCAAAUCAGCUGACGGGGAUGCCGAGGAGGGUGGCCGCCGACUGGCUGAGAGAAGCGCGGUUGCUAUUGGAGACGAGUCAGGCAGCAUCGGUUCUGUCGUCGCACGCGUCCGCGUCGGGGUUGGGAGGGUUACACUUCCAAUGAUUGAAAUUCUAAAUUAUAUUAUCUAGAUAGCAUGUCAAAAUUUUCUUGUGGAUUGAGCCAGAGGAUUCUCCUGUCUCACUUUGCAGAGCUAAUAGUUCUUUUUUUGGUGAACAGUUGGAAUUUGAAAUUAAUAUCUCUGUGUAACAUGUGGGUGAAAUAGGAAAUAUAUUUCUAAAAUUAUACACCCACGUAAUGGACAUGUAUUGUUGCAUUUAAUAGAUACUCGCUGGUUGUAAUGGUCAUAAAAUGACAUUCAACUUCAUCAAGGCCAUGCAAUGUGAUGUUACUUUUGUUGGACAUUCUCUAUUAUAAUAGUCAUUGCCUAUAUGCCUCAUUCUUAUGGGUUGAUACAACAUACUAAUUGUUGAAUAUAUAUUCAAGGGUCCAACCAUCUUAAAUGCAGUCACAGUUAACAAGUUUCUUUUAAAAAGCUCAUUAACUUUUUGGUAUUCAGAAAUUUGUUGUACUGGGUAUAUUUAUGGAUCAUGCAUGGUGUUUUAACUAUUUUUAUUAAUCGAUUUGUUGUAUGUUUGAACCCCCAUUCUUACUUUAUUGUAAGGCCGCACAUAAUUUCAUAACCUAGUUGAAAUCUGAAACUAGAUUCUUUUAAAUUUCUUUUAGUAUUCAGUUUUCCCUUGAGAAAUAUAGAAGCUGUUAUUAUACGCCCUACCCCAAACAAGUUUUCAAAAAUGGUCGACUAAAUUUUUCGAUAUUUAGCCUUGCCUUCAAAUUUCCAAAAGGGCACAUUUUAUAUUACAGCAUACUAGGCAUUGAAGCCAUUUCAGCACUGGGUCAAGAAUCGGGGAGUACUUGAUAGUUUUCGCUCUGCAACAUACAACAGAUCAUGAACUUUGUCGAGGUCUUUGUUGAAAAUUGGUAAAUUUAAAAAGCAGAAUGCGGUAUUACUUGUUGUCAGCUCUGAAACUAGUUCACCAAAGGCCUCCCAGUUGACAUACAUGUACAUUUAAUGUGUUCUUGAAGCAAAAUGAUAAAAAUCUAAACUUGUUCAUGAAAUCAUUGUUUGUGUGUGUGACGGCAUGCUGAUGAGAAUUGUGUAAAGCUGUAUUGACCAUUGUCUCUAAGAGAAAUAUAAAUCUAUGAAAGUGUA